AUGUUUAUUCAGCGAAACAAUGCUACGGUUCCAUUCAGUAACCUGAUGCUAGGUAGUUUAAUAAUACGCUUCUAUAAAAUGGUGUCGUUCAUAACAAAUAACAUCAGUAAAUACCAUGCAAAGUUGCAGUAUUUAAGACAUUUGAAUUGUAAAAAUCAUAAUAAAUUAUUCAUGGAGAAAACACGAAGUAUGCCCAUUCUAUAUGUCGAUGAGGCUUCUCCGCCUGCGCGAUUUGUAAUGAUGACAGCAUAUUUAUUAAAUAUUGAAUUAGAAAUACGGAAAAUCAAUUUAUUUGCAGGAGAACAUAAAGAUAUAUCUUAUGCAAAAAUAAAUAAUCUACAAAAAGUACCAACGUUAAUCGUGGACGAUAACGCAAUUCUCGACAGCCAUGCUGCAGCCAUAUAUUUAUGCCAGCAAGUAACAAGUCAGGAGCUGUAUCCAAAAGAUAAUAUUUUUUCACAAGCAAAGGUUAACGAAUUACUUUUUUUUAACUCUGGUACACUGUUUCGAUUGGACAGUGAAAUAUUGUCCAGUUAUUUCGCUGGAAAGUGGCCUGUAGCGAAGUCCAAAAUUGAGGAAUGGUAUAACGCUCUUGAUUAUAUAGAAUCAAAGUUAAAUGCAAAUACGUGGUUAACUUGUGAUAAGAUGUACCUAUGUGAUCUCUGUGUUAUGCAGACAAUAUCUUCGAUGCUUGAAAUACUACCACUUUUAGAUCACCACAAAAAAAUUAAGUCUUGGUUAAACGAAUUUGAGAAAUUACAAUGUAUUGAUAUAAAUAAACGUGGAUUGGCGAGACUUAAAUAUUACAUUGAGUUGUAUAAACCAACAAACAUUAUUGUACCCACUUAA